GCCAUUUUGCAGUGCCAGGUCCCGGCCGGUGUGGAGAAGUCUUCUCUUAGUUUCCCCUCUUCUUUCGCCGCGCCACGCGUAAAUCUUAUCGAGGGCAUUUUCUCUCUCUGUCUCACACACUCCCCCCAGUGCCGUUUCAUCCCGCAGUCAUUUCGGGUUGAUCUUUGAGUUUAGGCGUCUAGAGUUUGCGUGGAUUCUCGACACUUUUUGUACCGUAUCCGUCAUCCAAAUUUUAGUCUAAAAUGGCAUCUGGAGUUACUGUCACUGACGCCUGCAAGCAAGUCUUUGAAAAGAUCAAAACCAAGAAAGACUACCGCUAUGUGGUGUUCUACAUUAAGGAUGAAAAGUUCAUUGAUGUUGAGUCAACAGGUGACCGGGAAUCCAGCUACGAAUCUUUUUUGGAGAAACUGAAAAUUGUCAAUGGAGCUGAGAAGGAAUGCCGCUAUGGCCUUUUUGAUUUUGAGUACACUCAUCAAUGUCAAGGAACCCAAGAGGGUAAAAAAGAAAAGCUGUUUUUGAUGUCAUGGUGCCCUGAUGAUGCCAAAGUAAAGAAGAAGAUGUUGUACUCUUCUUCUUUUGAUGCCCUGAAGAAAGCUCUUGUUGGGGUUGCAAAGUACAUUCAGGCAACUGAUCACUCAGAAGCUUCACCGGAAGCAGUGGAGGAAAAGUUGAGGUCUACCGAUCGCAUGUAAACCAUCAAGAGCCAACUCCAUGAAAAAUUACAGUUUCACAAUUUUUUAAAAUAAGAAAAUUCCUUCCUGGUCCUGUGCGAUGAAAUUGGUUAAUUUUGUUUGUUCGUUUUUUUUUUUCUUCUUUCCAACUUGUAAUCCAGGUCAUUACGAAAAGAAAACAUUGAAAACUCUACUUGGAA